AUGUUCGAAGGCCUGAUUACAAAUGUUUUAAACAGAGUCCUUGGGGACUUUAUAGAGGGAAUAAAGGCAGACCAGCUCAACAUAAGUCUUCUCUCAGGAGAUGUUGAGUUAAAGAACUUGUCCAUCAAGCCAACCAUUCUGGAUAGCAUGCCAUUGCCGUUUAAGAUUAGGUAUGGAAAAGUAGGAAGAUUAUUUGUUGAUAUCCCAGUCACUAGUCUUCUUUCAUCACCGCUUAAAAUCGAGAUAAGCGACAUCUUCAUGCUUAUUAACCCGAAGGAGGUAGAGGAAUGGAACGAAGAAGUCAUCAAAAAUGCAUUCGUAGCUGGAGUACAGUCACAAUUACAAGGACUUGAGGAUACCUUUAAAGCUCAACUUGAGAUCCAAAAUGCUGAACCAGGGAUGGCAGGAAAUAUGAUCAACAAGAUCAUUGAUAAUAUACAGAUUGAUAUUAAGAACAUCUGCUUCAGACUUGAGGAUUCGACUUCUAAUAAGAAGGUCCCAUAUGCUCUUGGUAUCCAUCUUGAAGCUCUCCAAUUGUAUACCUGCAAUGAAAGAUGGGAAAGAGAUUUUGUCUCAGGAGAGGAUAUCUCUCUUAAAAUGGCUAAGAUAACCAACUUUGAGUUAUAUCUCAACUUCUCUAAACCAGGUCAGGAAGAUGAGGAUGGUGUGAGCUUUGGAGAAUUUGAAGAAGACAUGAAUCUUUCAGAAGUAGUCCAGGACCAGCUCAACCAACAUGAUAGAAACAGAAAUUUGAUUGAGAAGUUCUGUAUUGAAGCAAGAAUUAGGCUCAACAAAAAUCCAAAGAAAAACAACAAACCAAUGGUAGAUAUCAAUCUCGUAAUUGGAGGAAAGUUCAUGGAAGGCAGAAACGAACUCGUCGAUUCCGAAGAGGGUAUAGGAUUCUUCAAACUCCAAAAGCAACAAAUGAACUGUAUCCUAAAAUACUUAGAUUAUUCGACAAACUAUACUAAGUUCCAAACAGGUGUCCAGAAGAACCUCCUCUCGAACAAGUUCAGUAGAGAGGAGUCUCAGGAGUACAUGAAAAUCUAUGAGGAGUACAAGAUGCUCUCUGGUGAUAACAAAUCCGCUGGGGAGAAGAAGAAAGCUGCAAAACUUCGGGAAAGGCUAAAGGACAUUGAGGUAGACUAUGCAUAUGAGACCAUUGCAGCGAUUAGGCAGAUCUCCAUCAACAAGUAUAACCUUGAAUUCAGGAAGGAGCAAGAGAGAGAAAGCAUGCAUCUGAAGAUCAAGCAAUUUGAAAAUGAGAGAGCUGAAGGAUACCUAUCCAACUUCUGGGGCGGUAAAUCAGAGGAAGAGAAACUCAAGGAUGAGCAAGAAAUAGAGCAGUUCAAAGAUAAGCUUAAUAAGGAGUUUGACGGCAAGUUCAAAAAUGAGGAAGAAAAAAUUGAUGAAAAGAUGGAUAGCUUACUCGAAAAUGAACCUAUUUUUGACCAAGAGGCUCUCAAGAAUAUGCCUAAUGAAUGGACUCAAUUUUUGGCUAAUAUUGUAAUCCCAAAACUAAGGAUAGUACUGCUUGAUGAAGACUCUACUUUAGAACUAGAGAAAUCAAUCAUGGAAAUUCAGAUGUCAGGCAUGAAGACAAAAGCUCAAAUUGGGCAAGACUGGCAAGAGAUAGAUCUCUCUUCUGGGAAACUAAACAUUAUCGAUAAUGUGACUGGAAGUGAUAUUUAUCAAUUUAUGAUUGAAACAGUGUUUCCAGGUAACCAACCUACUGAUGGGAAGGAUAGCUUCCUUCUCCAUUUUGAAAACAAUCCAAGAUAUGAAGAUGGGGAGAUGAAAAUUAAAUUAUACACUAAAGCACACCAAUAUAUCUUCGCGAAUAUGUGCCUUAUAAAAGAGUUACAAGAGUUCUUUGCUGGAGGAGACAGUCCAGAGGAACAAGUGGAUCUCUCUUACUAUACAGACAGGGCAAAGAUUAAGGCUCUUGAAUAUAUGAAUGCAGGAGCAGACUAUUUAGAAGAGUCCCAACAAGAUAUUGAAUAUGUCCAUAAAGGAAUCGAUGUUGAUAUCGAGCUCUUUGCGCCAGUUCUAGUAGUUCCUGAAUCAAUCACAGAUUUGAGGAAUAAGAAGACUUUGGUAUUGAAUUUGGGAUAUCUCAGGAUGACUUCUGAUAUUAGACCAUAUCAUAAAGAAGUAGACUAUCUUGUAGUAAACCGUGGAGAGGAAUUAUUUGAUAAAUAUGAUCUUAAAAUCAGUGGUCUCCAACUAAGCAUGAUAGAAGAACUUGUAGAUUAUAAGCGCUGGCAAGAUGCUCCAAACAAAAUUGACAUAAUUAACGACAUUACUAUAAAUAUGAAUAUAAACAGGUCCAUUGAGCCAAACCACCCAAAUUUUCCUACAAUGGAAGUAUUUUGCAAAAUCAUGAAAAUCGAUAUUUUCGCAUCAGAUUAUGUUCUUGCAAAUUUAACUAAAAUUCAAGGUGCACUUUCUCCUCCACCAGCCCAAAAAGUCGAAGAAGUUGUAUCUCCUGAUACUCAUCCUCCAAAGGCUAAGAAAAAAGAGAAACCUGGGGCUUCUCUCCUUCGCAAGCUUGUUAGGAAUAUUGAGGAAGAGUCCAAAAAUGAUGAUGAUGAAGAAGAUAACGAAGGCGAGGAAAACAUUGAAAAUGAAGAAAAUGAUAACAUCAAUGAAACCAGAUCUAUCAGUGCCAAAAGCAAGACUGAAGUUGAUGAAAACCCUGAGAACAAAAUUCUUAAAAUUGAUAGAAAUAUGAAGUCUAAAGUAGACCAAAGGAUCCUUAUCAUUUUUGAUAAAAUGACCAUAACACUUGGAGAGGUUGUCCCUCUUAAUGUAGCUCAUUCUUCAAAAUAUGAAGGGGUAAUCGAUGUCCUAAGAAGCGAUAUCCCCCAUGUAAAUAUCCUUGAAAUGGCAUUUGAAGGUCUUGAAGUUGAAUAUAACACUGGAAAACAACAAGCACUGAAUCUUGUGAUGAAUAGAUUCUAUGUGAAAGAUCUCCAGAAAAUCAGAAAGAUAGAAGAUGGUAUUGAGCAAGAAGCAGCUCCAUUAAUACCUGAAUGCUACCAAAUGGUCCUUAGUAAUCCAGAGAUAGAGAAAGAGUUUGAUGAUGAAGCAAGCUUCUACACGAUGAACUCAGCAAACUUAAAGACAGAGGAUUUUAAGUCCUUAAAAGCAGAUGAAGAAUCAAUCAUUGAUAUGGACCAGAAUGUAAACAGCUUAGCGCAACUUAAAGUUGCAGUCAGAAUGUUUGGGCCUUGCACAGAUGUAGAUUUCCUCUUCAGCAACCUAAGACUCAUCGUAACUUUGCCAAUUCUUGAGAGAUUGUCUAAAUUCCAAAAUAAAAUGAACAAACUGAAGGAAGAGAAUACCCAGGAUUUUGAGACUAAAACACAAAUCCUCCAAAUGAUUGAAGAAUCAGAUUCUGAAGAAUCAGAGGAUGAUUUCGAAGUUGAGAAGGAUACCAAGCUAAAGAGAGCAGCUAUGUACCUCAUUGACCAAGAAAAGAAGAAACAAGAAGAAACUCAAGAAGAGAAAGGAUAUCUUGAAAGGCUUAAAGAGGAAAGGAACAGAUACCUGAUGAAAGGAAAGAAACUGAAAAUCAAAAUUUUGAACCAGAUUAAUAAGAUGAGUGCAAGAGGAAAAUUAUGAAAUUUCGAUAUAUGGGUACCAUUAGACUCUUUAGACAAACACUCUAGAGUUUUAAGCCUUGAGUUAUCCAGUCAUGUAGGAUACAGAGCCUCUACUUUCACUAGACAUAAGAUCAAUGAAAUCACAUCAGAGAUGAUUGAGUCUAAAUUGAUCCGAAACCAACAAGACGCUAAUGUAGUAGUAACCCAGCUGUGUAUAUCAAUGAUAAACAGACAUUUAUUAGAAAUUCAGGGUGAGCUGACCCAGGAGAAAAUUCUUUUGCCUACCAGGAUUGAUCUCUCAUAUGACAAAUUCCUGCACACUCUAAAAGAAACGGAUAUUACUAACAUUGAAAUAGUAAUUGAGCCUAUCGAUCUUAAAGUAGGAUUCAGAGAAAUUGAUAACUUCAAAAAACUAGGAGAGGUUAUGGGAGAAUUCUCAGCCAGAAUAUCCUCCCCUCAGGAAGAAGAGCAAAAGGUCUACCCUCAAGAGGGUCAGGAAGGCAUCGAAGCCUUCAAGGAAACACAACAGAUAGGGAUUGAUAAGAAGGAAAUAACAGAAGCAAUAGAGGAAGAAGUAAAAGCAACAAAGAGGAAAAUUGCUAUUAAGGAUCGAAGGAUCAAGGAGUUUAUUAAGAUGAAGGUGAAACUUAUUUCAGAAUCUAUUAAUCUUGCUCUAAUGGAUGAUACUGGGUCUUACGAAUAUCCAUUGGUCAAUUUCAGUAUCAAUAAAAUCCUUGCUACAGUGAAUCAAGAGAGUGGAGAGGACGAUGCAGUUAAUUUCAUCCUCAAGAAAAUGGGAAUUUCCAAGUUCCCAGCAAUGAAAGUAGAUGCUGCCUUACUAUUCGAAGCUAAUUACUACAACCUAGACAGUGGGUCUUAUGAGCCAUUGAUAGAACCUUGGACAUUCAACGCAAUGAUACUCCAAAAGACAUCUACUGCUCCUCAAGAAAUCAAGCUAAGCUCUGAUGAGAUGCUUAAUUUGAACUUAACUUAUGGUAUGGCUUUAGCAGUCAAGAGAAUUCAGACUAAGAUCAGCCAAAACACUGAACAAUGGGAAGAUGAAAAGAAAGCAGAAGAAACUAAGCAGAAAUCAAAAACUCUCACUGGCAGGAGAUCCCUUUCAAAAGGAAAAUCUACUAAGAGGAAGACAAGAGUUGGAGAGGAAGACGAUGAAGUUGCUGGAUUUUACUUUGAAAAUCAUCUUGGAUUAGGCAUGAGAAUCACUCUUGAAAAUCAUGAUUCUUGGAAUUUCCAAGGAAUCGAACUCACUAAUGAGGAUGAAGAAGUUUCUGUCAUACAGUUCCAGGAUUGGGAAGAUCCUGGAGAGAGGAACUUCAGGACUCUUAAAGAAAUAAAUACUCUAAACAAAACUAUCAAGAAAAAGCAAAAUGAUGGAAAGCUAGUGGAAAGCUAUGCUGAAAAUAUUAUCAGAGUGGAUGCUUUUAUUGAUGGAUUUGAGCCAAUCACAGGAAUCCCUAUCGAGAUAGCAGGAAGGAGGUCAUACGAACUUGAAUUCAAACAUGAAACUGAGAAGCAAAGAAAGAAGAAUAAAUAUGAAUUCUCAAUUACAGUCAAUGUGUCCACUGAAGGUAUUAGGAAAGUGGUUUCUUUUGAAUCCCAACUCACUAUUGUGAAUAAGACAGAAUUUGACAUGGAAAUUGCACAGGUCUUUACAGAUGCAAUUAAUAAGGAUGAAACUGAGAUAUCAAAACAACUUAUUGAAGAAGCAGUUGCAGCAAUGAGAGGAGAAGCAAAAAUGGGUGGCCAAAAACUGACUAGAUUUGAUGAUAUUGUUCCAUUUGAUCCUGUUUUUGCAGGAAGUAACUUUAAAGUCCCUCUCACUUGGUUUAUUGACGAGAUAUCAAUCUUCUAUAAAUGCGAAAGAGGAGGUAAUGAGACCUACAGAAGAAUUAUGCCAAACCUGAAAAAGCUCUUAUUACAGAAAGAAGAUGAAGAUAAGGCAUAUGAAGACUUACCUAAAUACCAUCUCUUAAAGCAAGAGAAUAUCCACAAUACAUUCAUUGCCUUAGAUGUAGUGUGUAACAAAUGUCGACCGACCGCGAUGGAUAGGCCUCCUCAUUACGAAUUAACCUUGCUUCCUCCAAUCUGCUUGAACAAUAUGACUUUUAGUGAUAUUACUGUGUACAGAGAUAUUGAUGACAAACUAAUGCAUGUGAUUAAACCAGGCUCUUACGGCUACCUUUACACAGGAGUUGAACAAGACAUGAGGGAGAGAGACUCCUCAGAAGAAGAUGAGAAAAUUAGAGAAAGAGAAGAGAUGGCUAGAGAUGCCAAAAAGCAAGAAGAUUUGUACAAAGGUGAAGUCAGUCUGAACCAAUAUAAAUUUAAGUUCUUAGAUGAUGGAAAUAUGGUUUAUGCGUCUACUCCUGAUUACUUUUAUUCUAAUAAGAAGGAUUAUAAGUUCUAUCCUGAGGAUCUUGAUGGAAAUGAGUCCCAGAAGGAAGAGGAGGAACCAGUAACUCUCACUUUUGAAAUUAUUAAGUUUAAUACCUUUAUCUACACUCCUUAUGUGAUUAUCAACAAGACCGACAUCCCAAUGAAAUUCGGAGAAAAGGGUGGCAAGAAGAAAUGCAAGAUGAUAGCUCCUCAUUCAAAUGAGUUCUUUAACCCUCUCUCUAGCAAGAAGAAGAAAUUUUCUGUCUGUGUUGAGAAUUAUGAAUGGGCUAAAGAGUUUGACAUCACUACUAUGGGAAUGUCAGGAGAGGUAUCACUAAAAAGACAGAAGGAAUUUGACCUAGACAAUAAUAUUGUUCAAAAAUACAACUCUAAUAACCUUAGCUUUGGAGUACUAAUUUCAAGUUUGAGUAGCCCGUACGGGAAGACAACUGCUGUUAAAUUUGUACCAAGAUACAUUUUCGUAAACCACUGCUCCAAACCUCUUGUUCUGGCUCAGGACAAUGAUAGAAGCUUGAAGCAGUUUUACCUCAACCCAGAGGAAGAAUUCUGUUACAAUUUUGAAAACAGAGGCGACAAGGACAACUUUAUUAAAAUUAGAGAAGCAGUUGGAGGAGAUAAUCUCAUUGACACUUUUGCUGAUUACCAUGAGAUCGAGCCAACAGACUGGAGCUCCAGAUUCUCAAUCGAUGACUUUGAAGAUUUCCAAAUUUCUCUUAAGUCCCAUCAAAGAGAGCCUGAAGAAGAGAAGAAAGAAGUCAAAUUUGAUGAAGGUCAAGAAGGUCAAGAAGACACAGAAAAGUCUGAAAAGAAGGAACCUCAGUGGUAUGAGCCAUCCGAAAUCAAUGAAUUCAGACGCUUCGUGAGAGUAAUUAUUACGACAAAAGAUGAAGCAACUCUUUUCGUCAUGUUAUGAGAUCCAAACAUGCCUGAAUACAGAAUCAAUAACUUCUCAGGCAGGACUGUGAAGGUCUACCAGGAUGGAAUUGAUCACAGGGCUAUCAUGAGGACUUGUUCAAAAGCUACUGUCAUUAAGGACAAAGUGAAUGGAGGUACAACCAUCGAAACCUAUCCGAUUCCAUUUGUAUGGGAUGACCAAACAGUCAACGAGAAGAAGAUUAUCCUUGAAAUUGAUGGGCAACGGAAAGAAUAUGACCUUGAUGAAAUCAAAGAGAAGAAAGACUUCGUAGUCAAGAAAAAGAAAUAUUAUAUAGAACUUAUCUCAACUGGGUUCUUUAGAGAACUUGAAAUCAGAGAUAGAGUCAGCAGUAAAAACAAAGCUAUCAAGUCUAAAGACUUGUUAAAGAGCUUAAUGGUUGCUCCACGAAAUAGAACCGGAAUGAAGGCUAACCUCGACUUAAGAGGCCUUGGAAUCUCCUUUGUUGAUAAAGAACCUAAAGAAGUCCUCUACAUCUCAAUUUUCAGGAUCAUAGCAAAAAUUGAGCGAGAGACAGUUAAUAAAGGAAGAGGUGUUAUUGAAACUAGUGAGGAGUAUGACUUCAUGAUUUAUCAUUUCCAAAUUGACAACAUGGUUACCACUGAGAAUUCCAUCCUAUUCUCACCUGAAGAGAUACUUGACAAAGAGAAAAUCCUUAAUGAUGAGGAGUACACUCCAUUUGUGCAGAUAAAGAUCUCAUACACUAACAAUGAGUCUUCCAAAGUAUCCAGAAAGAAGAUAGAUGCUCUCCAAGUCAUGAUACAGAAGAUGAAGCUUGAAGUAGAAACAGGAGCUCUAAAUGUGAUUAUUAACACAGUUACUGAAAUUACAGGAGUCUUUGGAGAUACUAGCACUGAAUACCUCUCAGCUCAGACAAAAGGAGUCGAGGAAAAGAAUGCUUUAGAGGGAGAUAAAGAAAUUAAAAAGUUAGGUGAUGCAAAAUCAGAGGGCUACGCAACUGAGAAAGAUGACUUUAUAUUCAAAAAGGAAGAAGUUUGCCUUGAGCUAUCUACUACUUCUCCAGAAGCUCCAGAAUUAUCUUCAAUCAAUACUGAUAAGCUAUAUUUCAAUUUGAUCCACCUGGGAGCUAUCAAGAUUAACAUUAGUUUGAAAUUUGAGAAGAGAGCACUGAAUUUCGAUCUAAAUAAAGGAUUUGGGGUGUUAACAAUUCUUUACACAGUUGCCACUACCAUUGCAACUGUUUCAGAUGCGCCAUUAUCCUUCAGUGAAUUAGUGAUAACCAAUAUUUUCCAGUCACAGUCAGCUUUAAUCUCAAGCUUGACUAAGAACUAUACCAGGCAGGGAAUAUUCCAGUUCUAUAAGCUGAUUGGGUCAUCAGACUUGCUUGGAAAUCCAGUUGGAUUCGUAGACAAGCUCGGUUCAGGAGUCUUCGAGUUCUUCAAUGAACCUAGAAAAGGACUCAUUAAGGGGCCUAAAGAGUUUGUAGGAGGUGUUGGAAAAGGAGUCACUUCUUUGGUCACUGGUGUGGUCUCUGCAAGCUUUGACUCUGUUUCAAAAAUUUCAGGGUCUCUAUACAAUGUUGCAAAGAAUGUCACUGGACAAGAAGCAAUGCUACAGAAGAAGUCGGAAAAUGCUUUGGAAGGAGUGGCUGAUGGAGUCACAGGAGCAGGUAAAGAGUUAAUAGGAGGAGUUACAGGGGUGUUUACUAAGCCUUUCCAAGGGGCUAAGAAAGAAGGAGUGACCGGAUUUGCAAAAGGAGUUGGAAAAGGAGUACUAGGUCUUGUAGUUUCUCCAUUCACUGCUGUUUUAAGAGCUGGACAUUCAGUCACUCAAGGAGUCACUAAUACAGCUAUUAGAAUCAAGAAGGGAAAAUUACCACAAUACGGAAGAUUCAGACAUCCCAGAUAUAUUAAUGCUAGAAAUAUCCUAGAGCCCUAUGAUGAAGAUUUUGCUGAAGUGAAUCAAAUCCUUAUAAAAAUUGAAAACGGAAAGUACAGCAAGCAUAGUAUAAGAUAUUUCGCAGAUUUCCCAAUCUUUAACAAAAAGUCAAAACGCUCAGAUGACGAAGCUACAAUGAUCCUCACCGAGCAAACUCUGUUGGUCUGCCUCGAUACCAAAAAGAUGCUUUAUCAUACCCCAUUGUCUGACAUUAAGGAUAUAAAUGUGUAUGAAGGCUCGCAUGAUUCUUCAGAUCCCCAGAAAAUCCUAUACCACCUCUACGUUUACUCAAAGAAGAACUAUGUAUUUGAAACGGUUAAUUACUCCCUAAUCGAUAGGACUUACUCAAUCUUGUCCAAAGAGGCCAAGAACUCCCAGAAAAUAAAGGAACAGAAAAAGAAGAAAAUGAAGAAAUAAGUCCUAGAUUUUACAUUUUUUACAAGCCAA